AUGUGUACAUUAUACAGACACAACAUUGUGUCGAUGUGUACAUUAUACAGACACAACAUUGUGUCGAUGUGUACAUUAUACAGACACAACAUUGUGUCGAUGUGUACAUUAUACAGACACAACAUUGUGUCGAUGUGUACAUUAUACAGACACAACAUUGUGUCAUUGUGUACAUUAUACAGACACAACAUUGUGUCGAUGUGUACAUUAUACAGACACAACAUUGUGUCGAUGUGUACAUUAUACAGACACAACAUUGUGUCAUUGUGUACAUUAUACAGACACAACAUUGUGUCAUUGUGUACAUUAUACAGACACAACAUUGUGUCAUUGUGUACAUUAUACAGACACAACAUUGUGUCAUUGUGUACAUUAUACAGACACAACAUUGUGUCAUUGUGUACAUUAUACAGACACAACAUUGUGUCGAUGUGUACAUUAUACAGACACAACAUUGUGUCGAUGUGUACAUUAUACAGACACAACAUUGUGUCGAUGUGUACAUUAUACAGACACAACAUUGUGUCGAUGUGUACAUUAUACAGACACAACAUUGUGUCGAUGUGUACAUUAUACAGACACAACAUUGUGUCGAUGUGUUAG